AUGCUCAUCUAUUUCAGGAUUUUGACUGCAAAGCAAGGGGCUAGCAGCGUAUUUCUUCCCAACAGAAGUUUUAAUCUUCAAGAAACUAAGUCGAUGCCCUACAUCCCAGAUACUGGACUAGCAGACGAAAUAUUGAGACAACUGUGGACGCACACGCCAGAGAAGAACACGAACAAAUCCCGUCGCAAGAGCUCGAACCCUAGGAAGAUAGGAGCGGACCAACCCCCUCUGGUGCAACUGGAAGAACCAGUGCAAUGCGACAAGUGCGAAGCCUCCUUCACUAACAACGUAGACUUCGCUCUACACUCCAUAAACCACAACGAAGACGAAAGGUACACAUGUCACCUGUGCAGCUACAAGAUCCAAUCGAAGUACGCCUUGGAAAUGCACGUGAGGGCCCACGAAGGCACCACCAAGUACAAGUGCGAGAUCUGCGACAAGGCCUUCGCCGUCAGCAACCUCGCGAAACAACACAAGUUCCUCCACACCGGAGAGAAACCAUUCCAGUGCGAAAUUUGUGGGAAGCACUACUUCUCCUCCAACAAGCUCAGUUCUCACCGUCACAACGCGCACUACGAAACCAUAACCGGCUUUCCCCUGAGCUACGAUUGUACGGAGUGCGGGAAACACUACACCACAGCGCUUGGUUUGAAGAAACACAAACUGACAAAGCACGAUAACGCCGAUCUCUCCGUCAUCUGCGAGACUUGCGGGAAAAGGCUCUCUAGUAAAGAGAAAUUGAAAUACCACACUAGGAUUCAUACAGGGUUCAAGCCGCAUGUCUGCCAUAUAUGUCCCAAGGCUUUUUCUAAGAAGGAACAUUUGGUGGAGCACAUCCGCAUCCAUACCGGGGAAAAACCUUUCCUCUGUAAAUGCUGUGGGAGAGGAUUCGCUCAGAGGACUCCACUAAAGGUUCACGAGAAGAUCCAUUCGCGGGAAAAUCCUCUUUUAACUGGCAGUUUUGUAAAUGUGGGUGCUCCUAAGGAACAAUGUAAGGAUAAUGAAUAA